CUCUGUUUUUCCUGGAUUAUUCCCAGUGAAGGGAAAUUAUAAUGCCACAGAAUCCGAUGAUAUUAGUAAUAAUGUUCUUCCAACUGUGUGCCAACAGUUUGUUUCUCUAUCACAAUGAUCCAACAUGUGUCGAAUGUAAAGUGCACAACAACAGAUUUAGUGUCUCUUUUGUUCAGCGCUGCAAAGACAAGCUGAACUCCCUGGCCAUCUCGGUGAUGAACCUGUGGCCCGGGGUCCGGCUGCGGGUCACCGAGGGCUGGGACGAGGACGGCCACCACUCGGAGGAGUCGCUGCACUACGAGGGCCGGGCCGUGGACAUCACCACCUCGGACCGGGACAGGAACAAGUACGCUAUGCUGGCGCGGCUGGCGGUGGAGGCCGGCUUUGACUGGGUCUACUACGAGUCCAAGGCCCACAUCCACUGCAGCGUCAAGUCAGAUCACUCCGUGGCGGCUAAAUCUGGAGGAUGUUUCCCCGGCGAGGCCUUGGUGACGUUGGCGAGCGGCGCUCAGAAGUCCAUUAUUGACCUGCGGCCCGGCGAGCGAGUCCUGGCGUCGGCGAGCAGCGACGGCAGCGGGGAGCUGCUUUACAGCCAGGUCCUGGUCUUCCUGGACCGCGCCCCCGCCACCUGGACGCUCUUCUACACCCUGCACACAGAGGCCGGGGCCCGCCUCUCGCUCACCGCCGCACACCUGAUCUUCGUGUCCCAGGGGAACUGCUCGGAGGGGGCGCUGCCGGCCCGCGGCGCCCUCAGGACUGCGUACGCCAGUGGCGCCCGGCCGGGACAGUGCGUGCUGGUGUCGCGGGGUGAAGUGGGACCGGGGCGUCUGUCUCGGAUCACCCGCAUCAGCACGAGGGCGAGCCGGGGGGCGUUUGCUCCGCUGACCCAGCAGGGGACGCUGGUGGUGGACGGGGUGGUGGCAUCCUGCUACGCCGUGGUGGACCAGCACGCCCUGGCUCACUGGGCCUUCUCGCCGCUCCGGCUGAUCCACAGCUGGACUGGAUCCACUGGGAGCCACGGUGACGGGAUCCACUGGUACUCGCAGCUUUUACACUGGCUGGGCAGGGUGCUGCUGGACUCAGGGCGCCUCCACCCGCUGGGCGUGGCUCAGGACGACAGGUGAGGGAGGGGACAGGUCAUAUAGGAGGACACUUUUAUCGGAAAGGAACCUGAACCCCUCACUUUUUAAACUGGGAUGACCCCAGACCCAAGCCUGUAGAGCCGUACAGGACCACGAUGGACCACCUGCCGAGACGGGAGACGUUUGUGUUCCUGCUGAGGCAUGAUGGGAGUUCUUUAGGCGGGACAAAGAGGGAAGAAGGACCUGUGAAUUGACACAGAUGAACUCUCUCCAAACCACAAACACAGAUAGCAAAUAUAAGCGCACUCCGAGUCCCAACGAGCUCCAAAACAACUUUUAGUGACACUAUGAAACAACAGUCCCUUAAUCUACGCUUGACAACACACCCAGCAACCGAUUUCACACAUCAAUCAUCAUCAUAUUGGGAUUUAGAGGUCUGAAACAUUUUCAAGUGCAAAGUACAGCUGUUUUAAGGGAUUCUUAUUCAGUAUUUUGUGAUUUAAUGGGUUAUUUGGGGGAUUUAUUGGACACAUCAAUGGAUUGUUAUAUAUUAAGGGUAUUUGAAUGUUUUCUUAAUUGAUUCAAGUGGAUUUAAGUGGUUGAAACACCUUUACACGCGGCGUGAAAGCCCUCCCUGCAUGUUCAACUUAAAUGAAAAUUAAAGCACUUUUAAGGUACACUGUAAAUUCAGGGAUGUUUUGGUGAAUUUUACCCCUCAAACAAUGCUUAAUACGUGCAGAAAACCCAUAAAUAUCCCUUAAUAUAAUACAAUCCGUUCCAUUCAUUCAUCAAUUCAUUUACCCUUUAAUCUGGGGUAAUACUGUGAAAGAAUCCCUUUUAAAUAGCCAUAAUUCUCACCUGAACCUUAAUAACACCUUCAAUUAAUCCCUAAUUGAUUUAUCAAAUAUGUAAAAUGUAAUGUGUAAAUUGAGGGCAAUGUUAAAAGUGUUGUACCGCUUACGAAGCCCUUAAAACAUGCAGAUAAUAAGUUAUGAAAUAUUAUAUUGCCUUGGGUGAAAAGGUGGAAUUUUAAGGUAAAAUUUGAGGAGAUUUUAGUUUCAUAGUAAAGUCCACAGGGAUGUGGUCGUGUUAAUGUAACAUUACUGCUUAAAUACAGAGAUUUUAGAAGGAAUGAAAGAGUGUAUUUAAGUGUUAUUUGUUUAAUGAUUAUGAAGUUAUUAUGGGUGAAGAGAUAUAAAAAAAGAUUUAUUUUUUAAAUUAAAUUAUAUUGAAAUGAGUUGUGUGUCGUUUGAUUUAUAUCUUAAUGUCUGAUGUAGGCAGGGAUGGACUGGGAAUUUAUUCUGCUGGAAACUAAAGACAUAUCUCGGUCUCCUGACUUUGGCCUCUUUAAAUGAUGUCUGUCUGCAGAUGCACUA